AUGAACCUCGCUUUUGAGAACCACCCUAAGAUAAAGCUGCGACUCCAUAUUAUCAUUGGCGUAUUACUUUGUCUAAACUUUGUCCUCGUCAUUGCACGCAUAGCGGACAAGGGUACGCCCAAGACCAGGUCAAACACCUGGGGUAUUGCCGUCGCUGACCCAAGACGUCGAGCGCUUCAGUGUCUCAAGGCCGCCAUCUUCCUCGCUUACCAAGUCGUCACGGCUCAUGUAGAGCGGUUCAAGCGCUGGGCGAGUGCGAAGGCGUACAUGAUCCUCAAUGUUAUCGACACCGUUUUCUGGUUUGCUCUCUUCAUCAUCACCAUCCUGGGAACAAACGGCGCAUACAGUACGAGCAGCCGUGCGCUUGGUGGCGUUGUCACUACGAUAAGUAUAAUUUUGUGGUACGUGAGUCUCUUUCAGGGAGGUGUCGUGAUCCUCGAUGCUUAG